UUGUCAGCAUCUGUUGUGCGCAUCAAAGUGCAUGUUUAUCUUUCCUGUUUUAGGCAAUAAGCUUUCAAAUUACUGGAUUUUAAUUAAAAAUCUCUGGAAAAAGUACGUGAUUUGUAUAAAAAGUUGAAGUUCAGCUGAUUUCCGAUAUGGACUACGAUCAUUUGAUUGCUAAUUUGGAUCUUUCCACAUGCCGAUCAAUUUGUCGUUUGUGUCUGGGGACAAGUGGAAGAAUGGAGGACCUAUUUUUCAAUAAAACGGAUGAGAUGCUGAGCGAAAAAAUAUUCCAAUGUACUGCGAUUCAGAUGGUGCCGGCGAACGGAAUAAUUUCAUCUAUCUGCUCCAAGUGCAGACUGAGACUGACUGAGUUAUACAAAUUUCGCGAGCAAUGCCAGAGGUGCGAGGAAAUAUUCCAGAGUAAGGUUGAAAAGAUGGAAAAUGUGACUAUUGAGGUAGUGCCGGACAUUUUCGGAUUGCAUAGUGACGAAGAAAAUGAAGACAGUUGCAUCAACACGGGAUCUGUCGACAUCAAGGACGAACCUGGAGUCUGGAAUGAGAAUGGAAUGGAUUACGAGGAUGCCAUGGAAGUCAAUGGAGGGGCAUAUUUAGUUAAGCCAAUGGCAAGGGAUGAGGACGAGGAUGAUUUAGCCGACAAAGAUGGCUAUAAUGACGAAACACUUGACAAAUCUCAGGAAAUAUCUGCCGAUUUAGACCUUAGUACGCUAACGGUAUACAUCAAGGACAGGAAACACUGGCAGUGUCCCUACUGUGAAAAGUAUUUCAAGCAAUCUGGUAACUUAAAGGCACACAUCAAUACUCAUACCGGACAUAAACCAUUUAGAUGCGACCUGUGUCAUCGAUCUUUCGCCCAGAAAAGUAAUCUGAACUACCACAUGAAAGCUUCGCAUGAUCCCCAGCGACCGUUCAAGUGCAAUGAAUGCGAUAAAGCAUUCUCCUCGAUGGAUGAGAUGGUGACUCAUCUGAAGAGCAAACACACGCAACGGACGGAGUCUCAACGUUCCAUUCCUUGGAAGAAACACCAUUGUCCAUACUGCGGUAGAGGUUUCGCGCAAAGCUUCAAUCUUAAAUUGCAUAUUAACACCCAUACCGGCGAGAGGCCCUACAAAUGCGACAUCUGCGGGAAAACGUUCACUCAGCGAAGCAAUCUGAAUGUACACAUCAAUAAGACUCAUAAGGAAAAUGAAAAACAACUGAAGCAACAGCCAGAACAAAUUUUGGAUCUUACAAGAUGUCGAUCAAUUUGCCGAUUGUGCUUGGUGACUAACAAAAAGAUGGAGGACGUGUUUUUCAAUAAAUCUGACGAGAAUUUGAAUGAGAAAAUUUUCGAAUGUUUUACCGUUAAGCUAAUGCCAGCUUAUGGGAUAACCUCUUCGAUUUGUUCAAAAUGUAAGCAAAUGCUGACAGAGGUGUGCAGGUUUCGUGAGCAGUGCAUAAAGUGCGAGGAAAUUUUUCAAAGUAAAGUACAAACGUUGCACAACGAAACUAUCGAGGUUGUACCGGAUAUUUUCGGAUUAUACGAUGACGAUGAACACGACGAAAGUUUGGUUGACAGGAAGUCAAAAGAAGAAUCAGAUUGGAUUGGAGUUGAUUUCGAAGAAGAGAUGGCUGUCAAUGGAGGAGCGUUUUUGAUUAGGGUUGAUCAAGAUGUGGAAAAUGAAGCCUCUGUUGAAAAUCGGGAUAUCAAUGAUGAAUUUGAUAAUGGAGAUGGACUGGCAUUUGGCGAAAUGGAUUUUAAUCUGCUUUCGCAUCUGAAAUCUGACGAAUCAGAGAUACCCAUCAAAACUGGCACCAGACGUAGACCGUACAAAUGCAACCUUUGCCAUCGAUCUUUCGGAAAGAAAGGCUUACUCGAAAAUCACAUGAAGACGUUACACGACCCAAAACGCCCGUUUAAAUGCAACCAAUGCGACCGAACAUUCGCCAAGGUAGAUCAGAUGAGAAAACAUGAGAAGACCAUGCACCCACAGCGGAAAGAAUCGUCUCGUGCUAAUUCACCAAAAAAUCACAAAUGUCGCUAUUGUGGUAGGCAUUUCUCUCAGCAUUCCCAGCUCAAGUUGCACGAGAAUACUCACACCGGCGAGAGGCCUUUUGGAUGCGACUUUUGCGCGAAAACGUUCACCCAGAAAGGAAAUCUCAAUGUGCACAUCAACAAGACUCACAAGGGUAAAGUUUAGAGACUGAUCGAGAUUCAUGUUAAAUAAAAGUGAAACAUGUUCAGAAAAUGGAAGCAGUAUUUAAGUUCCAUAUUUUUUUCAUAGAAAAAAAAAGUUGUGUUGAAUUGUUCCAAAGUGUGUGUUUGCUUUUU